AUGACGCUCUACUACAGCCUGGUCUUCAUGCUCCUGGUGACGGAGAUGCUCAUCUUCUGCGCCCUCAUCGUCCCUCUUCCCUUCACAUGGCGCCGCAAGCUCUUCACCUUCAUCUCGGAGAGCCCCAUAAUAGCAAAGCUGCAAUAUGGCAUGAAGAUUACCUUCAUCUUCAUCCUGAUUCUGUUCAUUGACAGCGUCAACCGCGUUUACCGCGUGCAGAUUGAGCUUUCUGGCUCAGACGACAAUGGCCGCGGAGGAAACGUCGCUGCUGGAGGCAUCGAGCGCAUGGAGGUCCAGGCUCGCAAGUUCUACUCGCAGCGCAACAUGUACCUUUGCGGCUUCACCCUCUUCCUGUCGCUCAUCCUCAACCGCACCUACGUCAUGAUCCUCGAUGUUCUCCGUCUCGAGGAGGAGGUCAAGACCCUGAAGGGCGACCCAGCCACCAAGAAGGGCUCUUCCCUGAAGGAUGUUGGCGGUGCCGGCGAGGUUGGAGCUCUCAAGAAGGAGCUUGAAGCCAAGGACCGCGACAUGGCGAACCUGAAGAAGCAGGUCGAGAACAUGCAGAAGGAAUACAACCGCAUGGGCGACCAGGUCUCUGGCAAGCAGUAG